AUGCCGGAGAGACGGGCCCCCUACGAGUCCUUGCCUCACUGCAACACUGCUGAAGAGUACAUCAGCAUGAUUGGAUCUGGUCGCUCUACUAUCGCAGAGUGCGCCACGUUGGCAAGGGCAAACCUGAAAGACAACAUGCAGAACCCCGCUUUGGUGGCCUUUGGAAGUUUGGGGGCCCACGGGUCAUGCGAAAGCAACCAAGAGCGUGACCUACACCGGUGGUUGCGGCACAUACAUGGUUUCCAGUUGGCUCCCUAUAGGGUAGCUAUAAAGCUUCACGUUCCUGGCAAAGCUGGACUUCAAGACGUGUCAGUCCCCUUCGUGCUCCCUCAUGAAAUCCUACAUCACGUGGCUAUGGCCGGGGAGUACCAGUUUUCGCUGUCCAUGCUCGGCAACCGGUCGGAAGACGACUUGAAGAACUUUUGGGAUCACUGCAGUUGCUUUGAUGAGUGGUCGCAACACGAAGUGCUGAUGGACCCUACUCCUAUUGACCGGAAACGUUUGAUCCCUUGUCUGCUGCAUCUGGAUGGUGCUGAGUUCUACAGCAACUGCGAAUACCUGGUUUGGAGCAUGGCUUCAGUGUUUGGAAAAGGGUCAGUGUGGGACACCAAGUUUCCUUGCUGCAUAAUCCCCCACUCAGCCAUGGUUGACGCCAAGGUCAGGGAUGAUGUGCACGAGACGGUGGCACGGGUGCUGGCGUGGUCAAUGUCUCAGGCAUCUCUUGGGGUGUUUCCAAGCGUUGGUGCUUUGGGCGAGGGCCUAUCCGGUGAACGGGGUGAUCUGGCAGGAACCGUCAUUGCCAACGGAUGGAGAAUGGCCUAUUUUGGGAUGAAAGCUGAUGCCAAAGCACGUUUACAGUGCAAUUAUUUUUCCCGUUCCUACCAGCAUGCCAAAAUUUGUGAAUCUUGUGGCGCCGCCAAGCAGCAUAAAGAUUGGGACCCUUCGAUGGACUACAAAGAUUUUUAUGACGACGCGCCGUACCUCAACACUACCAUCAGUAAUGAGGAGUAUCUCCGGUCAUCGCCAAGGGUGAGCCCAUGGGCUAUUAUGCCAGGGUGGCACUUGGGAACCGUUUUUCGUGACCCGAUGCAUACAAUUUAUUUAGGAACUGCAAAGCUGCUCAUUAGCAGCGUGUUGGGCCUAUGGAUUUCCCGAGACAUAUUGGCGGGCAGUGACCUAGCUGAGAAAUUGUCCAAGUUCAGUGUGGCCAUGAAGCGAGCCUUGAAAUCCCAGGGCAUGCGCGUUCCUUUCCAACGAUUCACUCCUGCGAACACUGGGCUCGACAAGCCGUCCCAGUUCCCGGAGUUGGGGAGUGCGUUCAAAGCUGCCAACAUCAAAUGCUACUUGUGGUACAUUUCGAAGAAAGCAACUGAGUUCGCAGAGGCCUCACCUCGGGUGCAACCCUAA